CACCGUUUGUAAAGGUUACGAGUUUUCCAAGCAAGGAAGAUGCAUUGUUAAACCACCGCAAUAUGCUCAUAGUAUGGACGUCUCUUCAGUGAUCAAAGAAAGUGAACAACCUGAACUGUGAGAGUACGUGAGUGAAACCGGAGUCUGUGUCGAAUUGGGAACAUGAUGCCAUGGAAAACUCUAAUUCUGCUCAGUGUCUGCAUUGUAGUCUGCUCGGCAGAGAGCCGACAACAAUGGUGGCAAGGUGCUCAGGCAGCACUGGCUAAAGCGCUGGACGUCAAACCGAACACGAACGUAGCGAAGAAUGUGAUUUUAUUCCUUGGUGACGGAAUGGACAUAGCCACGAUCACCGCUGGGCGCAUUUACAAGGGACAGAAGCGAGGCAAGACUGGAGAGGAGACAGUCACCACGAUGGAGUCGUUUCCCUUUGUUGCUUUGUCCAAGACGUACAACGACGACCGCCAAGUGGCCGACUCCGCUGGAACAGCUACCGCCUACCUGUGCGGGGUCAAGGCCAACUUUGGAACUUUAGGACUCGACAGCAGCGUGCCUCGUCCUGAUUGUGCCAAACAAUUGGAGGGCUCUGGUCAUGUGACCUCCAUAUUAAAGUGGUCCAAGGAUGAAGGAAAAGCCGUUGGCAUAGUAACCACUACACGCAUAACGCACGCCACCCCAGCCGCCGCGUACGCUCACAGUGCAGAUAGGAAAUGGGAAAGUCCUUGGGACCUACGAGAAGACAAUGUCAUCAAGUGCCCGGAUAUUGCAGCUCAGCUCUUCGAUAAUGUUGAUAUUGAUGUGAUGAUGGGUGGAGGGAGACGAAAUAUUCUUCCGAACACGACAGCGGACCCUGAAACAGGAAAGGUUGAUAAAAGACAGAGAACAGACGGACGAGAUCUCAUAGAGGAAUGGAAAACUUCCAAAGCUGCUAAAGGGAAAAACGCAACCUAUGUGUGGAAUAAAGGACAGCUUGAUGCAGUCAAUCCCAAGUCGACGGACUAUUUGUUAGGACUCUUUGAAUCGUCACAUAUGCAGUACGAGUUAGACCGGGACAAGAGCACGAACGGAGAUCCAUCAAUUGCCGAGAUGACAAAGAAAGCGAUUGAAAUGUUAAAUAAAAACAAAAAGGGAUACUUUCUUCUUGUUGAAGGAGGCCGGAUAGAUCACGGUCACCAUGACAACUCCGCCAUCAGAGCUUUAGAAGACUUUGUCGCGUUCGACAAUGCCAUUUCCGUUGCCGUGGAGAUGACCAAUGAAAAAGACACUCUCAUCGUGGUUACGGCCGACCACGGCCACACAUUCACCAUUGGAGGAUACCCGUCACGUGGAAAUAACAUUCUAGGUUUAGUGGACAAAGGAAGCCAUAGCUUCACGCCCUAUGACAAGAUGCCAUUUGUGACUUUGUCGUAUGGAAGCGGCCCGGGACGGCUACGGGCAAACCUAACAGGUGUUAAAACAGAUGCUCCAGACUAUCUUCAAUACAACUCUGUCCGGAUGCCGUUGGCGACUCACGGCGGCCAGGACGUCGCCAUCUUUGCCCGCGGUCCCAUGUCGCACCUGUUCCACUCCGUGCAAGAGCAGAACUACAUCGCCCACGUCAUGGCCUACGCGUCGUGCGUGGGCAGCAACAAGAAACACUGCAGCAGCGCCAACACGCCACAGGGCGGAUCCAACGUCAGAGUGGGGGUGGUGACAUUAGUUGUGUGCAUCGUGGCAGCAUACAAUAACCUAUUUUAAUGAGGUUAACAGUAGUUAAUGUAUAUCACAGUUUUAUUCUUUACUGUACUUUUUGUUUUGUAUUGAACAUAUGAUUAUUAUCAGAGAGAGAGAGAGAGAGAGAGAGAGAGAGAGAGAGAGAGAGAGAGAGAGAGAGAGAGAGAGAGAGAGAGAGAGAGAGAGAGAGAGAGACUGGUUACUGUAUCGACUUUAUCCUUCGAAGGUUAAAUAUCGCAGCUGAAGUCUUUACUUUGCAUGCGUGUGGAACAAAUUAUAAGAACUAGAAUACAUGUGUUAUAUAUAUCGAUACAUAAAAUUAAUAUUCAACUACAUGUAUAUGUAAAUUGAUGUCUUAUUAAAUGUGGACUGUA